AUGCUGACGGAAACAAGAAAAGACGCAUCAAGUCAAAAUGCUGAAGAGGAAACAGGUAAAGACACAUCAGGUAAAAAGUCUGAAGAAGAGUCAGGAAAAGGCAUAUCAAAUGAAAAUGCUGAAGAGGAAACAGGAAAAGACAUAUCAAAUGAAAAUGUUGAAGAGGAAACAGGAAAGUCCGCAUCAAGUGACAAUUCUGAAAAGAAAUCAGGAAAAGGCAUAUCAAAUGAAAAUGCUGAAGAGGAAACAGGAAAAGACAUAUCAAAUGAAAAUGUUGAAGAGGAAACAGGAAAGGCCGCAUCAAGUGACAAUUCUGAAAAGAAAUCAGGAAAAGGCAUAUCAAAUGAAAAUGCUGAAGAGGAAACAGGAAAAGACAUAUCAAAUGAAAAUGUUGAAGAGGAAACAGGAGAGGCCGCAUCAAGUGACAAUUCUGAAAAGAAAUCAGGAAAGGUCGCAUCAAAUAAAAAUGCUGAAGAGGAAACAGGAAAAGACAUAUCAAAUGAAAAUGUUGAAGAGGAAACAGGAAAGGCCGCAUCAAGUGACAAUUCUGAAAAGAAAUCAGGAAAAGGCAUAUCAAAUGAAAAUGCUGAAGAGGAAACAGAAAAAGACAUAUCAAAUGAAAAUGUUGAAGAGGAAACAGGAAAGGCCCUAUCAAGUGACAAUUCUGAAAAGAAAUCAGGAAAAGGCAUAUCAAAUGAAAAUGCUGAUGAGGAAACAGGAAAAGACAUAUCAAAUGAAAAUGUUGAAGAGGAAACAGGAAAGGCCGCAUCAAGUGACAAUUCUGAAAAGAAAUCAGGAAAAGGCAUAUCAAAUGAAAAUGCUGAAGAGGAAACAGGAAAAGACAUAUCAAAUGAAAAUGUUGAAGAGGAAACAGGAAAGGCCGCAUCAAGUGACAAUUCUGAAAAGAAAUCAGGAAAGGUCGCAUCAAAUAAAAAUGCUGAAGAGGAAACAGGAAAAGACAUAUCAAAUGAAAAUGUUGAAGAGGAAACAGGAAAAGCCGCAUCAAGUGACAAUUCGGAAACAGGAAAGGCCCUAUCAAGUGACAAUUCUGAAAAGAAAUCAGGAAAAGGCAUAUCAAAUGAAAAUGCUGAAGAGGAAACAGGAAAAGACAUAUCAAAUGAAAAUGUUGAAGAGGAAACAGGAAAAGCCGCAUCAAGUGACAAUUCUGAAAAGAAAUCAGGAAAAGGAAUAUCAAAUGAAAAUGCUGAAGUGGAAACAGGAAAAGACAUAUCAAAUGAAAAUGUUGAAGAGGAAACAGGAAAGGCCGCAUCAAGUGACAAUUCUGAAAAGAAAUCAGGAAAAGGCAUAUCAAAUGAAAAUGCUGAAGAGGAAACAGGAAAAGACAUAUCAAAUAAAAAUAUUGAAGAGGAAACAGGAAAGGCCGCAUCAAGUGACAAUUCUGAAAAGAAAUCAGGAAAGGUCGCAUCAAAUAAAAAUGCUGAAGAUAAAACAAGAAAAGACACAUCAAAUCAAAAUGCCGCAUCAAGUUGA